CCCUCUUAAAACAGGAUGCCUCCUAGGAUGCUAGUGGCACCACUGCCACUGCAUUUCCUGUUGGCAGCAGUGAGCAGUGAAAACCAAGGCGGCAGCAGGCAGUGGCCCAGGCAGAAAUAGCUCCCGCGCGAUUCACUGGAGCCUUCCCAGGGCCCUGGUCCCGGCUCCCGGGACUCGCGCGUCCUGAUCUCAACAGCGGCAGAGGCCACCGCGGUGGCCGGAAGCACUUUGGUCCAGACACUCCCCGCACAGUGCGGAGGGAGCUGGAGGGAGCCACUCUGCGCCCGGACGCCUCAGCGCCCCCUUGGGCUCGGGCUUGCUCUCUGGGGGAAGGUCGACCGCGAUGGCAGGACGCGCUUCCCUCCGCACCGUUCGGGGCGCCCUGGGCGCCUGGCUUCUGAGCGGCCUCUGGGCCUGGACCCUGAGCGGCCUGGGGGCGGUGGGUUCCCCUGGAGCCCCGCGCCCUUGCCAGGCGCCGCAGCAGUGGGAGGGGCGCCAGGUUGUGUACCAGCAAAGCAGCGGGCGCAACAGCCGCGCCCUGCUCUCCUACGACGGGCUCAACCAGCGCGUGCGAGUGCUGGAUGAGAGGAAGGCGCUGAUCCCCUGCAAGAGUUUUCCAGCAGGGUUGAAGUGGAACUUCCCUAGGAAGGCACAUCACCACCUCCAGAGAGCAGAUGCCCCAAACUCCUUUCACCCAUGAGCCACUCUUCAACUGCCCUCUCAUCAAAUGCUGUCUUCAGUGUCUCUCUAGUGCCUCAAUUUCAACUUUGGGAAAUUUCACCCCAUGUGGGCAUUGCAGGUGUCUUUCUGAGGCACUCACCAUUUCUCAGAAGCAGUGCCUCUCGGAGUCAGGAGGCCAUCUGAAGAGGAAUCAGACCCUUAGCAGGGUGCCUAAGUUAUUCUCAGGCUCCCCCAAAGAAAGGAGAAACUCUUGGGACAAUGGCUCCCCUAAAGAAGGCAACUUCUCCGGGAUGAAAAGGGUACAAUGCCUUGGAUGACUCCUGCCCCCUCACAGAAGGCUGCUUUUGCCGUGUCUUAAAGUUAGAUCUUCUGGUAGAGUUCCAGAAUGUGAGCCCUGCCAAUAGUGAGAGCCAAAAGCUCACCCCAGAAGAAGCACCAGAGUCACCUCCCCAGCUCUCCCAGGGAAGACACUGCUCCAGAGCAUCUCAGAAGACGCUCAGGGGAGACACUGGCAGAUGGGAAGCCGGUGGUGCGGGCUGAGGGCAAAGCAGUUGCUCUGCCUGAAGCAGUAUUGUCAGCAAAGUGACAUAUAACUUAUGAGGAGUAUCUGUGGUACCAUGAACCCCCAGGCUCAUUGCCAUGGCAUCUGGGAGCAGGCAUGGUGGACGCAAGGCCCUUCAAGUUUGCUUGAAAAUACUUGCAGGGGAGACUGGAGAGCCGGGCCAUCCACAUCCAUCCCAAGUCUUCUAAAAUAUUUUCCUCAGGGCCCUUACUGAGACAUCUCUUAGAUCUUCCAGCAUGUAAGGCUACUACCAAGAUGCUGAUGGUCAGGAUGUCCAGGCUGAUAAAGACAGAAGAGGCCCAUGCCACGCCAGAGCCCCUGAGCUGGCUGAAGUCAAGAACAGCAGCAUCUGCUUCUCCAGGGCAACUCUUGGCGGAGGGACCCUACUUGAAAUGGGAGGCAGAGGCAGAGAAUGUAGGGAAAGCAUGAGAGGAUGGAAGCUCCCAUUUCUGAAGAAACAGGGCUGUGGACCAGUGGAAGAUUCUACCAGCCAGCACUCUUGGGAGUGAGGAUGGAGGAAGAAAAUCUGCCCCAGACUUCAUGUCCACUAGAAAUGCCACAUCAGGUGCCGUGUCUUGCUAUGGAUUCUGUUUCUUGUGGGUGUGAGAGUUCUUCAUCUUACAGUCUCCACCUGUCCCUUGUCACAUACUCUGUCCUUCUGAACAGAGAUUCUCAUGCUAGCCCAGCUUCAGGUAUGGCCUGGCUUACUUUUGGACCCCAGAGAUCUCACUCUUCGGGGAUCUCAACUCUCCUUAAGAAGUUAGGAAAUGAAACUUGGGAAUCCCACUUCUUGGACAUCAGAACACUGUGCCUUUUGCACAAGACAAGUAUUUAUUUAGGUUCUUCUUAGUAUAUUGAAAAGAAUUUGAAGUGUUUCAGUAUUUUGUAGUCCUCUUUCAACAUGCUGAAUCAAGCCUCAAAAAGGUCAAUUUCUGUACUUGUUAAAACACAGGAAUUUUUAUAGUGUGUGUGUUUGUACAAGUUUCUAAGGAGCUUUGUCACAAGGUCUUCUGUUUAAAAAAAAAAAAAAAAAGCCAUGUUACUCCUUUUAUUGUUCACUGCAAUUUGUUUUAUAUCAAUUUUCUUAUUUACCUGAAUCCUUUAUUUCGAUUCAUGUUUCAGUCACCUAGGGAACUUAUUCAACUAAUAUUUUUUUUGGAGAGGAUACUAAGAUAUACUUUCAGAGAUUUUCAAUGUCUGACAACAUCUACUUAUUGCCAUUUAAAUAAUGAUUUUUUGGUGCCUACAAAAAAUUGGGUGAAAAUAGUCUUUUUUUAAAAAUAUGUGUAUGGCAUUUACAGCUCUCAAAGAGAAGUCUGAUAAUUUUGAUUUUGUUUUAAUAAUUUGUUUUCUGCCCACAUUUUUGUAGGUGGUUUCUCUUUUCCUUGCAUUUUAUUAACAUCUUCAGGCAAAGUGUAGUGUUAGGGAAACUUUCAUCUAAUAUUUCUGGAGUUUUAAUGCUCUGUCUUUUCUCUUGGGUCCUUACAGAAUCUCUUUCUGCUUAUCUGUUCUGGUUCUCUCACAUCUGUCUUCCAAAUGUCUUCUUUGCUUUUUAUCACUUCAUAUAUUUUUCCCCCUCUGAGUACUACAUUAGUACCUUCUAAGUCACUGCCUGUGGGUUGUUUUUUUUGUUUGUUUUUUGCCACAGUCAUUCUAUCUGCUUUACACUGCCAUGACUGAAUUUUUAAUCUAAAAAAAAAAUUACCUACUUAUUUAGAGAUGACAUCUCACUAUGUUGCCCAGG